CCGGAGCCGGAGCCGAGACUCUCCCACGUCCGUUCGCUGCGGGCCCGGUCUCGACGUCGCAGAUCAGCUGAGUGGACACUUACAUGAUCAGUACGAGUGGCCUCUUAAGGACUCAGUAGCAAGCAAUAUCUUCUCCUGUUGGAGGAGUGUGUGUUGGGGACUCUGCCACUGAAGUUGCCUCCAUGGAUCCUGCUUCUGUCUCACCCAGCAGCAGCUGCUCCAGUGCCUGGCUUCUUGUGCUGCUGGGGACACUGGGGACAGCUCUGCUUGGGGCAGCUCACAGACUGGGGCUGAUCUACCAGCUCUGGCAUAAGGCAGAGCCGAAGAGUACCCGGCACGGUGGGGAGCUUGUUGCAGAGGUCCUGAAGGCCCAUGGGGUGCGUUACUUGUUCACGCUGGUAGGAGGCCACAUCUCGCCCAUCCUGGUGGCCAGCGAGAAGCUGGGCAUCCGCGUGGUGGACACAAGACACGAGGCCACAGCUGUGUUUGCUGCCGAUGCAGUCGCCAGGCUCUCAGGGACAGUCGGAGUUGCCGCGGUAACAGCAGGACCUGGGGUAACCAACACCGUGACGGCUGUAAAGAAUGCCCAGAUGGCCGAAUCCCCAGUGCUGCUGAUUGGCGGGGCAGCUGCCACGCUGCAGAAGGGCCGGGGUGCUCUCCAGGACAUUGACCAGCUGUGCCUCUUCAAGCCACUCUGCAAGUUCUGUGCGUCAGUGAGGACUGUGCGGGACAUCGUCCCCACACUGCGAAGGGCCAUGGCGGCAGCACAGUCCGGCACCCCAGGCCCUGUGUUUGUGGAGUUCCCGAUUGAUGUGCUCUACCCAUACUACUUGGUGGAGAAGGAGCUGGGCUUCAAAGAGACCCCUAGAGGGCUGCUGGGUGGAGUCAUCAACUGGUACCUGGGCAACCACCUCAGAAACCUGUAUGCAGGGGCCUGGGAGACAAGGGACUUUUCCCCCCUUCCUGUGGAGGUGCCACAGGCCACAGCAGAGCAGGUGCAGCAGUGUGUGGAGCUGGUCAGCCGUGCCAAGAAGCCUGUUAUGCUCCUGGGCAGCCAGGUGACCCUGCCCCCGACGCCUGUGGAGAAGCUCAGGGAAGCCCUGGAGGCCCUCGGCAUCCCUUGCUUCCUGGGUGGGAUGGCCCGGGGCAUGCUGGGAAGGAACAGCCCACUACAUAUCCGCCAAAACCGCCGAGAGGUGCUGAAGGAGGCUGACCUGGUCAUUCUGGCAGGCACAGUGUGUGAUUUCCGUUUGUCCUAUGGCCGCGUGCUGAGCCGGCGCAGUACAGUCAUUGCCAUCAACCGGGACCGUGCCCUGAUGCUGCGCAAUUCGGACGUCUUCUGGAAGCCCCGCGUGGCCAUCCAAGGAGAUGCUGGCUCCUUCCUCCUGAGCCUUUCCCAAGGCCUCAAGAGUUACUCACCACCUCAGGACUGGGCAGCAAGUCUGAAAGAUGGCGACCAAAGGAAGGAGAAAGCAAACCGAGAGAAGUCAGAAGAGCCCACAGAGCAGCACCUGAACCCACUCAAGCUCCUACACCACGUGGACAACUUGCUGCCCGAGAACAGCCUGCUGGUGUUGGAUGGGGGCGACUUCGUGGGGAGCGCUGCCUAUAUCGUGCGGCCCUGGGGGCCCCUGCUCUGGCUGGACCCGGGAGCUUUCGGGACACUAGGUGUCGGAGGAGGAUUUGCUCUCGGCGCCAAACUCUGCCGGCCGGAUUCUGAGGUCUGGAUCCUCUACGGAGACGGCUCCCUCGGCUACAGCAUCAUGGAGUUUGACACCUUCGUCCGUCACAAGACGCCCGUCAUCGCGCUGGUGGGGAACGACGCCUGCUGGAGUCAGAUCUCCCGUGAGCAGGUCCCCUUGCUGGGCAGCAACGUGGCCUGCGGCCUGGCCUAUGUGGAUUACCACCUGGUGGCGGAAGGCUUGGGAGGGAAAGGUUUCCUACUCAGCCGCCAGGAUGACGGCUGCAUGGACAACAUCAUCCAGGCGGCGCAGGAGGCCUGCAGGGAGGGACACCCCACCCUGAUCAACGCCCUGAUCGGCAGAACCAGCUUCCGGGAGGGCUCCAUCUCCGUGUAGGGCUGGGACCAGGCCCGGCAGUGCUCCCUGCCCACGCCAGGGUGCGGCAGCCUGCCUUGGGCCCCCUACAGACACCUGCACAGUACUCCCUUCGGCGUUUAGUUGAUCAUCCUCCUCGUUCUGGCCCCAGAGCUGCUGCAGACUGACACAGCCACGCCUACCAGGGACUGGGGUCCUAACCCAAGCCCCUCAACAGGUAACCAGUGCCAGGACACUGGCCAGUAGGGAUCAACCUGAAGAGAGCCUCAGGGCAGCAGGGACAAGGAAGCUUCUCUCAGUUCAGCACUGGGCAGGUGCCUGCUUCUGUGGGAGAUGGGCAUUGUGCUUUGGCAAGCUCCUGCCAGUAGUGAGAGCAGCUGCAGGGAUCUGGUUCUGGUGACAGCAGGGGGUCUUGCUUUCCAACUGGGCAGCCUAGGGAUGGGCACUGGGGCUGGAUUUCUGAGGGGCUUGACACUGAGGGGUGGGGGUGGGGGGGCUUGUUGCCCAGCUCUGCAAGCCAGGGCCGUUGGCUGAUGACUCUCUCUGGGGCAGGAGCCUGGCCUAGGCCUAAUCUUUGGACGAAGUGGAGCUGCUGAGCCCUGCUGGGAGCCUUGGUUGAGGGAAAGCUGGCAGGAGUCACUCCAGAUCCACCAGGGCUGUGAUUCCCCCAACGCCCUACGAUGCGCUACCAGGGCAGCUCCCUGGCUGACCAGCCUGAGGAGCUUUGGGCAAGGCCUGUCCCCGCCAUGCUCUCCAGUCCCAUAGCCAGCACCAGGAGCUGCCAUUGCACCGCCACUGCCCUGCUGGGCUCCAGUCGCUGCCACACCUAGGAGCCUAGGGAGGGCCUGCAUGUUCAAAGGGCACAGGCAGGGCCAUGCGUGCUGCUGCUCCCAGCCCCAGGUGCCAAGCUCUCCAUUGCCGUAGUGUGAGGUGGCGUGGUCAUGCGGGGGGGGUGGUCCGCGGUUAAUGGGGAUGUUAACAGAGCGGUUCCCUCUCUCUCUCUCCAAGCACAUGCACUCCACCCACAGGGUUUCCCCCAACAAUAAAGAGAAUGAUGGCACCAGG